UGACUCGUAGCAUGUCCGAAGUGGAGACAAACCAAAGUGUCGAAAAGGUGGCCAAUAAGUUGGGCCAAGAGGAACUUGAACUUCCUUGGCCCAAUUUCGAGUCGCGAGUUUGCAAUCCUACCGUCAACAGUGUCACACUUGAAUGGUCCACUUUGCAAAAUGCAUUGGUCUACAGGGUGGAGAAGUUCCACAAACGACUUGGCUGGCUGCAGGUGGAGUGGAGCAGCAGCUCACCAGUGGAUGUCACGAAUCUGGAGGAAAACUUCGGCUAUCGGUUGCGCAUAAAGGCAUUUCGGGUUUCUGAAGACGGGAGGCGCUACGUGGCUUUGGCUGUCUCCCCAGACAUAAUUGCUUGCACGACGGCAGCUUUGCCAUCGACCAACUGCCUGAACCGCGCCAUCAAAAAGGGGCAGCAGUUUCUGGUGAAGCGCAUGCUGCGGCGGCGACCGAGCUUGAUAGAAUACCCGGCUCCCAAUGGGCUUCUGCCGCUGGCCAAUGCGAUUAUCCAGGGCGAGAUGUGCAUCAUAGACGUGCUGCUCUCGGCCGGCUGCAGCGUUCAUCUGGGAAGCCCGGCGAGCGGGCGGACUCCGCUGCAUCUGGCCUUCUUCCACGGCCACCUGCCGUCGGCGCGCAUUUUGCUGAACAAGAAGGCCCGCCUGGAGGCACGGGACGCCAACGGGAUGACCCCCGCCCACUGCGCCGUGGACGCCGAUCAGCUGGAGAUGGUGAAGUUCGCCCUCGAGUCGGGGGCCGACGUGGAGGCCAGGGACGUCUGCGGCUGGACCCUCCUCAUGCGCGCAGUGGUUAUGAACGCCGGCCUGGAGCUCAUCAAAGUGCUCGUUACCCACGGCGCCGACCUGGCGGCAUUGGACGGCGUUGGGCAAUCCUGCACCGACUUGGCGAAACUUUACCGCAGGCAGGAGGCGGCGGAUUACUUUGACAAGGUGCAAAAGUUCCGGCUGGAAAAGUCUGUCGCGACCGCAGACGCGAUGGAAGGCACAACUGCAAUAAGUCGCCACACAAAGGAGUUCCUGGCAUAAAGUAAGCGAAAAACGGAGGAAAGGCUCUAAUGAGGGUUUUGAACAAUCGCAUUUUGCAAAGGAAAACUCUUGGCUUUAAAUGUUUUGGGCCUUACUACGGAAACGGGGCUCCAUGCUGUGCUGCUUUAUUAAAAAGGCUUUGGUCCAGUGAGUUCUUUAAUUUUAGAAUUACUUUCGCUACAAACUAAUACAUACUCUACUUUAUUGGAUUGGA